CACAUCGUAAAUUUGAAUAUAUGAUGGAUUCUUUCUAAGCUGAGACAUUUUCACAUAUGUGGUAAAAUAUUUGGGAUACGAAGUGAGAUUUAUUUUCCGUUAUUUGGGAUACCCCCGAAGAACCCUUUGUGAUGCGGCUUCUCGAGGCAUCAUGAACAGAAACUCAAGCAACCAGGACAAUUAUGACUAUGAAAAUUUGUUUGGAAUGAGGAAAGCCACGUAUUGGGAAAUAUACGGUGUAAAACGUUUUCCGUACCGUGGGAGGCGUAAAUUUUACACCAUUACUUUACCAAUCUUCAGAUGGCGGAAUGAUUAUCUCAAAUGACGUUUUCGGACUGACAAUCAAACAGUUUGAACGAAUGUUUAAAACUUGCUUAGAUAAAAGGAAAACACAAGAACAGUGGAUACUUAACCUCAGAUAUCCUGACAAAUCUUCAAAUGACUAUCUAGAAUACUUGCAGAGCUGUACAGACUGUAAUAAAGAUCUCUUGGUUUUGCUCGGAAAUGACCAAAGACAGAAAUACUUAUACGAACACCUAGUUAAAACAGUUGGUACUGAAAUAGAUAUACGAAAGAGACAACGACUAUUUAUCAUACAAGAUAUGACCCGCAAUACAUGUUCGACUGACUAUACCCAAAUAUCAAGUGGAAGUUUGGCAGAAGGACUUGAUUUACCUGAUAGUGACCUAGAUACAAUGUUCGUAAUCCAUGACGUUGACGUAAUACAUAAUGUAAGCAAUAUCAAGCAGCCAAUACAUCGUACUACAUAUGUUAUUGAGACAGACAUUGAUCAUCCCGGAUUUGCUAGACUCAGAAUGGUAGCAUCAAAAGGUGGGGAAUCCCUCCGUGUGAAAUGUCCCAGUUGUCCUCCAGGAACAUGUACCGGUGAACAGAUAUAUGCAUCAGUAAACCGCUUUCGUGAUUUUCAUAAGCAAACUUUUGAUUAUAGGACGAUGGAAGUACACGGUCCAUGUCUAACAGACCCAAGUAAAAGCGUUGAUAAUGCAUUCUGCCUACGGAGUAAACAUUUUCCUCACAACGCAAUUCCAUGGGCAACCCGUCAUCGUUGGCAAUGGCCGCCGAAUUCAGUAAUUGACAGAAUAAUAAAAUACGGAUGUUUGUUAGUACCUAUAGGACCGAAGACUAUAUCAGAUGAUGAAUCAUUAUGGAGAUUAUCAUUCUCUGUGGCAGAAAAAAUACUUGUACAUUCAUUUAAUUUCACUCAACUCUUAUGUUACGGUCUACUCAAAUUAACAUUAAAGCGUGUCGUUAACACAAAUAAUGAUGUCAAAGAGUUAUUGUGUUCUUACUUUAUGAAGACGGCUUUAUUCUGGGUUUCGGAAGAAAAGGAUUAUGACACAUUUCAAUUACCUAAGUUAUUUUAUUGUUUUUCUCUAUGUUUGGAUAAAUUAAUAUCAUGGGUAAACAUCUGCUACUGUCCGAACUAUUUUAUACCUGAACAUAAUAUGUUUCUAGGAAAGAUCAAUUAGAGUAACAAUAAGAUGCUAGUACCUGUACUUGAGAGUAUAAAGUCAGGAGGGAUUGAUGGAUUGAUAAAAAAUCUAUUUUUGCCUGACGAUAAAAAUAACUAUUUAUUAAGUACAAAUAGUGAAUAUUCCUCCAUUAUGUUAGACUUCCUAUUUUACAGAAGUAGUGGAUCGUUCGCGAUUUUAGCCGACAUUUCAAGUUGGUAUAAAUGUCUUGCAUUUACUAAAUCUUUAUUAAAGUCCGAAUCGUCUGCAUUUAUUAUUGAUGUAUGUACAUACAAUUAUGCUGAAAUCUGUAAAUCUGUAGCACAACAACUACCCUCGCCUAAUACAAUAGGUAACACUUACAACAUACGCAAAUGCUAUCAUAGACAUUUACAAUACGGCAUCAAAACAGAUGCUGUAUCGGGUUGGUUGUUAUACGCGUCGUUUUAUUAUGUUACAGGACACUUUAAUGUUACACUAAGACUCACGGAUUAUAUUCUAUCACGAUAUUCACCUGAUAUGUUGUAUAUAGCGGUUGAUUACGGAUGUGAAAUGUGUGAAGUACAUUCAAACGGUUACAGACAAAAUGUCCAUUCUACAAUGACAUUGAAUGACAGGAUAAAAAUGGCUACUGUAAAUGUUGUCCGGUACUGUCAGCACUCAUCAUUAAUACCAGAAGAACUACAGCUGGAGGUUAGAAAAAGAAGAUUAAUAACAUUUACGCCUGUUAUAAUGGCGCACUGCCUUAGAUUUCUGAGCUAUCAUCAUCUUGAUGAUAUUUUCAACAGACAACAAGCUUUGCGUAAUUUAUAUUUAACAGUGAAAAAAAAUGUUCUCAUUCCAGUUAAUACUGUAUCCGAUUCAUUAACAAUACUUGGAGUAUGCUGUGAAAUAUCAGGUGAUAAAGACGCAGCGUAUCAGUGCUAUGAAGAAGCUUUGCAAUGCGAUUGUGUUAUAUCUAGUACAGCAGAACAAAGAAAAUCAAAACUAGAUGGCAACUAAUGUGCAAUUUGAUCGUUUAAAAGUCAUAUUGAGCUUUAUCAUAUCGGGAUCACCUUCUUAUAAAUGAUGACAUUCUAAUCUUGGUAAUACUGACAAUAAACCGCAGGCAUUAUAUUAGUUAUACCUAAUACACAAUUAUGACCAUUUUAUUAUCAGGCUCAUGUGUUCAACAACACAUCUAGGAAAACUAAAAUCUGUUGCUAUAUUUACUUUCAGCAUUGCAGUUUUGAAGGUUUAAUGGUAUAUUUUAACCCCUAG